AGAUGCGUGAAACCGCGACGCGCCAGGGUGGCUGGUUUUCUCAGGCUCUGUUUCAUCUUGGCGACACCGACUAAAUGGAGGCGGGUUGUUGGAGGAGCUAGCUUGGCCAUGGCUUGGAGGUCGAUUUUAAACGCAGCCGUGGUGAAGGCGUGUUGGCUGGUUGUCAAAGACGUGGGCAGAGACGGCUUGAAGGCCACCCGAGAUACGUUAUCUGGUGGGGCACUGGAGAUUUAUUUCACUAUCCCCACGCCUCAGGCGACGUGGUUGGUCUUGUUGCUUCUUUUUUCGCCACUGGCCGCGGCCAAGUCUGUGCCAGAGCUGGUUGGCACACGUCAGUUGAUGUGUAUCUAGGGGAGACAAUGCCGAAUUAGCUAUCUAUUUACGAUCAAAAGUUAUGGUCGUCCCCUUCGUUGUGACAC